GCUCGGCCUUUGCCGGGUGUGGGUAAAGUGGGUCUCUGCAUUCAACCCCUGAGCCUACCGCUGGAGUCCAGCUGAAAAAGCUCAGACCAACUGCACCCAAUAGCGACACCCAUGCCUCGGUAACAGGAGACGACAACCACGGCUGGAGGCGCUGAUAGACCAAAGUUCCCAGCCGCCCAGCCAUCAACAUCGCAAAUCCAUAUCCGUCCAUUCAUCCAUCGCCGUCUUCCAGUCCUCGCCGAGCCGUCCAGAUUGCUUUGAGCAACAUCACAGACCUCGUACCCACAGUCACAAGAAUCGAAUUCGGUCAUCUCGACUCCACCGCCAUGGGCGACUCCGAAGAACCCAAGGCCGCCGACACCCUGGCGUGGGAGAAAGCGACAGCCGACAACAACACAUCCCAGGCUCAGGCUCAGGCCCCGUCAACAUCGACAUCCUCAGAAUCCCAGCCCGCAGCUCAAACCUCUCCAGAAGCACCAAAAGUGUCGGUCUCCCUCGAACAAGCCAGGAUAUUCCUCCAGGAUGCGCAGGUGCAAAAGGAGACGACAGAGCGCAAGGCCGCCUUUUUGAGGAGCAAGGGCAUCUCCCAGAGCGACAUCGACGAACUUCUUAAGGAGGACUGGAUUCGGGCGCAAUCAGAUCUGAGAGAAAUCCCCAUCACCAACGAAUCGUCAUCGUCCGCUUCGUCAAAGGUGGCCGCUGCGAUAACAACCACAACCACCCUCCCCAAGACAAAAGAACAACAUGUGCCCAUCAUCACCUACCCCGAAUUCAUGGCCGAGACGCACCGCGCGCCACCGCUAAUAACCAUGAACGGCGUCCUUAACACGGUCUACGCCUUCAGCGGUAUCGCUGCCCUCGUUUACGGCGCCAACAAGUACGUUGUCGAGCCCAUGGUCAACCAGCUCACCGAGGCUCGCGUCGACUUCCACGACAACAUUAAGGACAACCUGGACCGGCUAGUCGAGAAGCUCGAGCAGACCGUGUCGGAGCUUCCCCCGGGUUACAAGGCAUCGGACGGCCGAGCCGGCCGCUACAAGGACGCCUACGACGACGACGACGAUGACGACAACAUGAGCACGUACGAGGACCCGACCGAGAUGUUCCACCGGGACGUUGGCAUCCAGACGUCGCCGCCGCCCACGCCGUCGGUGCGGGCCAUGUCCCUCACUUCGCGCCCGGGCACGGCCAUGUCGGCCCGGUCUCUGUCGGAGAUCUACGAGGCGCACUCGCGGGCCCAGUCGCGCGCGGCGUCAGCCAUUUCCGAGCGGAACAUGAACCACACGCAGAAGCAGCAGAGGCGGCUGGCGGAGCUGGUGACGUCGGUCAAGGAGAUCAACGAAGGGUUGACGUCGGAGUGCGAGGACUUCGACGAGCUCAGGACGACGGUGGAUGUGUUCCACGGCGAGCUGGAGCAGCUGGCGCUGCAGCACUACGACUUUACCGGAGGCUUCUCGUUGUAUGGGUAUACCAACAGGAGCGAGCCCAACGACGAGAUCAAGAAGGCCAAGGAGAAUAUUAGACGUGUCAAGGGCGUGUUGCUCACCACGAGGACUUUUGCUACGCCUGCUCCUGGUGCCUCGGCGCGGUAGGAACGCAUGAGGCAGCAAGUGGAAGAUGCGCGGAAUGUUCGACGUGGUGAGAAACAAAAGGGGCUGGAAUAACUUAAUAAUGGUUUCCUCAUGUCAAGUUGGAUAUGGAAGCAGAGCAUGGAAUCAUUUACAUGAGAAAGAAGAAGUAAAGCAGGCAAAGCGUCAUGGUGUAAUAGAAGCAAGCAUUAGCAGCGGUUAAUGACAUGAUUGUUGUUUUCGUACAAAAU